GUGCUUUUUCCAGUCAAUUGUAUUUACAACCAACAACCACUGAUCAUGCCUACUUCACUGGUGAUAACUUUUUCAUCACAUGUUUUACAAUAGAUGAAACCAUCGAUAAAUUGAAAUGGACCGAUUUUGAUGGCGUUCCCAUUGAAAAGGAAGAUGGGAGGAUUCAUGUGCAGCCUGCUGAGGGAGAUAAUCAAAAUGGACGCCGAAUAGUCUUCGCUAAUGUAGAAAAAGAUGAUGCCGGUACUUACACCUGCAGUGAUGAUUCAGAUAGCGUGUCAUUUGAACUUGUUGUCUAUCGCUCAGUUAGCUUUACUGAUACUCCAAGAGAACAACAUGCCCCGGAGGGUGAGAAUGGACUGGUACUUUGCAAUGUCAGGUCAGAUCCUAAGCCUGUAGUGAAUUGGUAUUUCAAAGGGAAGAAAAUAGUAUCAAAUGAGAAAUAUAAGGUUCAAGAAAAUCAUAGUUUGAAAAUUCUCAAUCUUAGUCGAAGUGAUGCAGGAGAAUAUAAAUGUAAAGCUUUUGUCAUCACACAGCUUGGAUCACAAGUGAAAGACUUUGACAUCACUCUCCAUGUUCAAUACAUUCCUGAAAUCAUAGGCCAACACAAAAUCACAACUUAUGCUAGCAAAGGUGCAACGAAAAAUUUGAUUUGUAACGUGACUGCGGUACCUGCUCCAAUGUUCCAGUGGCUGUUUGAUGAAAUGAUUAUCCAUAACAAUACUGAUAAUUUUGUUAUAUAUGAUACAGAUAACAGUAGUGUUUUACAGUUGGUAAUGGAUCAUACUGAUCGACAAGGACAAUACAUUUGUCGUGCUAGCAAUGCCCUAGGUGAAAAAGAAGUUAUCAUUGAUUUAGUAGAAGGAGGUUAGUACAGAAAAUUACUUAUGUAUACUGCUGAUGUAUUUGUUACAAAUUU